CGCUGUGCCGCUAGCGCUAGCUCGGAGCGCCUGUAAAAGGGACAGCCGACCGCUGUCUGUAGACUACUAGUACGCCACUAAAUUCGAUCUAGAUCGACCCCAAGCUAGCGAGAAAUAGCCAGACGCACACAUCCAUGGCGUCGUCAUCCACGAAGCUCGCCGCCGCGCUCGCCGUGCUUGCGCUCUGGACCGCGCUCGCGGCGACGACGGCGACGGCGUACCCGGCGGAGAGCUGCGCGACGCAGAGCAAGUACUUCAUCAACUGCCUGCGGCGCGGGUUCGGGCCGAGGUGCUGCGCCAUGGUGGAGAACCCCAAGUGCUUCUGCGUGGUGGAGCAGGAGGCGGAGAUCCGCUGCGUGCCCGGGCGGAGCUGCCCGAGCCGCGGCGUCGCCAAGGUCGUCAAGGUGGCCGAGCUGCACCUCUCCUGCAUGAAGGACCUCAAGUGCAAGCGCGCCUAGCUGAUUCACACUAGUGCUACGUACUGUACGUGAUUAAUUAGCUAGCUGCUUCGUGUGUAGUACAACUAGUACUUGUUUUGAUUCCUCGUGUAGCUCUGCUGGUUACGGUGGUUUUGGUUUGUUUGGUUUGUUCCGUUCAGAUGCGCACCCGUUGUAUAAACUGGAGUACUACGAUGUUUUGCGGUUUUGCCUGGUUAAUUAAUUACUUCACGUCGUUCGUUCUU